UUGAAAUAGGGGUGUCCAGGGCUGUAAUAUUAUUUUCACAAAAAAGUUUUAUAUACAAGCUUGAAGAUAUUGUAAUGCAAUACAUUUAUUAAUAUUGAACACUGUUGUUGGGAUACUUAGAAUCUCAUAAACAUAAAACAGUCUGGCCGUUUGAUUGAGUUUAGGUUCCAUGUGGUGUUAAAACGCUAAAACUGGCGACUAAGUCUUUUAAGACACUUAAUUUAAGUACAUUCUUUUUAAUAACUGUGUUUUAUUAUUAAACUAUUGUAUUCUUCAUAAACAUGAAUAUAUUAAAAAUAUGUAUUGUUUUUUAAGGAAAUAUGUUCAUAGACUCCAUGUUUUAAAAACUCCAUCGAUUUAUAUUUUAUGGUAAAUAUCUCUACAUUAUCUACAUGCACACUGUCAAAAAUUGUUGAUGGACAUUGGACAUGUUAUUUUACUGUCAUGCAGUGUGAAACAUAAAUAAAGCAUAUUAGUUUUUGUAAAAAUCAUGACUUAAUACUCAGGCCUAAACUGUUAAUAUGAAAUAAUAAAUAAAAUAAAAUAACUGCCACUUACAUAUUUGUUUUAAUUAAUGACAUUAUGGAUGGUUUAAUUCACGCGGCAUUGGAAGCUGAGGUAAUACUUAACCGGGCGAAACAUGUGAACUCAAACUUAUCACAAUUUAAUAGUGGUGUCCCAGACCACAAAAUGACUUGGACCCAUGAUAAAAUGCACCUUGCUGAAUCUGUUGAUGAGUCUAGAAUGAAAUUCCAACGUAAUUCGUCCGGCUCUGCUUCCAAGGCGACGGAGAAGUUUGAUUUAUUUAAAAAACUUCAUGAACUUUACAACGAGUUAAAUAGAGAUGAGACAUUACAGGUGAACUAUCAAGGUCUAAAGACCACAUCAUAUCUCUUGGAAAAGUUAUUAGCAAUAUAUAAUCUUAAUACAUUAAUAAUAAAUCUGUAUCCAGGCAAUAAGGGAUAUUCUUUAUCUUUAAAAGUAAAUGGUAAUUCACAAUAUUUACAUCCACCGGAUGGUCAUUCAUCAACAAAUCAAGAAGAGACUUUAAUAGAGACUCCACGGUGGCCAUAUGAAGAAGAGGAACUAUUGAGUUACAUAGACAAUGAAGAGUUGCCCGUGGUGUUGCUAGACUUGUUGGAGACUGAACACUCAUGUCUGUUUUACUCAGGAUGCAUAAUUGCUCAAAUAAGAGAUUACAGACAGGCAUAUCCCAGUUUCCUUUGUGAUACUCAUCAUGUUCUCUUAAGGCCAACAAAUCAGAGCAUAAUAACUGAUGCGAUGUGCAUUGGCGGUCGUUGUGGUUGGGCGGGCGAAGAGCGCGGAGCGUUAGAAGCAGUGGAAGCCGCGUUAGUGCAUGCGGCCGCGCCCCCGCUGUGCCUCGACCCGCGCCCUGCAGUAGGCCUAUUGGCUGCGAGGCUACACGCUGCACCAAGACUGUUUAACACGCCACGGAUUAGGAGACAAGCUAAGAGAUUUUCACAGGUGGCAGUGAAUCGAAAGCGAAAAUUGGAUCAGUUUACACAUUAUCAUGGGCUAGAGUUAUUAGACCUAAUACAUCGUCAAAGAGCGAAGAAUAGUAGGCAAUCGGUACCACAUACACGAUUAACAUCUAAGUAUCCGAAAAAACCACCAGAGGUGUUCAAGCCAAUAGAGCCACCAAAAAUGGAUAUCCUGCCACUGGCUGUGCCGUCCGAACCGGGCGGUCCGCUGCGGCUGGCGCGCGCGUACGAGCGGCCGCGGCCCACGCCGGACUGCCAACCGCAGCUCGUGGAGGAGUACAUCCUAGAGACUGAGAAGACCUCGCCGCACGCCGGCGCCGGCUUCUUCCACAUCAAGCUUUCCAUACUGCAGAGGCCCUCUGACCAGGAGUUUCUGGGCGAACUCUACGUUGACAGAGAUCAUGUUGAGGGAGAACGGAAUGGGGCGGCGUGCAGGUUUACUUUAGGGUCAAGACUUCAAGCAAAUAAAUACAUACAACAAUUUACUGAGAUAUUCACAGAAGAAGGUCGCAAGUCUGUUAGGAUUAGACAUAUAGUGCCUGGCCAGCUGCCGAGAGUGUCUUUUACUGGCGGAAUGAGAGAACUGGGGCAGCAACUGUUACUACAACAACGUUCUGCUGCCGCCAGCGUCGCAACUGUACAGACCCACGCAACCACAGUGCCUGUUGUGACUUCAGCAAUACAAGCAACGACAAAUACUCAUACAAACACUCGUCAGCUACCCAUACUUCAGGCGCAGUUACAGCAAGUUGGUAACGUGACAGCAGUGGGCAAUGUAGGCAACGUUGUCGGCAAUGUUGGAAACGUUGGCAAUGUUGUCGGAAACGUGGGCAAUGUCGUGGGUACCGUUAGUACUGUGGUUGGAAACGUUGUGGGGAACGUCACUGCCACUAAUGAGACUGCACUCAAGCAACAACCUUCACCUACAACGCCAAGGCUUUCACCUCAAGCAUCGACGAAUCAGUUACUUGCUCAGCAACUGACAAACCCACCGCAACCGCUCAACCCUCAGAAGAUGCAGUCAGCCAUUAUUCACAUACAACACCCGCUAAUGUCUAAUGCUGGAACAUCGCAGGUACAAAGUAUCCAGUACACGAAUACGACCACGACUCAGCAAAAAGCGACCAUCACUAAGCCGAGGACAACGAAUCCCGCCAUCAGCGCCCUUGUUACUAGUCUUAUGAACUCUGCACAGCAGUUUCAACAAGCGGCAAGCCAGAACGCGGCAAAGUCAGCAGUGAGUACGUCGAGCAGCAACGCAACGAUUCUCAACCUGCUGAACAGCGCGCCGGCCGCCAUGACGCACGCGGCGGGCGGCGCGCCCGACACCAACUCCAGCCUCGACGCGCACAAGCUGCUCGGCCGCGUCGCCAUCGCCGGCGCCAGGAUCAUUACCGCUACCACCGCUAGCCAUACGCUGCCUACGUAUUCGCAGCAGGGAGUUGGUGUGCAAGUUAUGAGCGGGUAUACGCGUGACAAUGAAGCGACCAACGUGUCGAGUAGUGAAAGCGCCCUAUUGGAGCGAUUGAUAGGACCUGACUCAGCGGCCGCGCCAUCUUCACAACCACAACCUGGUCUUAGUUUAGCAUCGCUCCAAGGUCUCCAAAGCAUCCAGGGUCUACAGAAUGUCCAGGUGCAGAUUCCAGGAUUAUCUGCGCCUAUAUCGUUGUCGCUGAACGUGUCGGGCGCGCCAAGCGGGUUGUUGGUUUCGGUACCCCCUACAACAUCCGUUGUUCUUACCAAUCAACCUUCGGUACUGUCUUUACCGAUAGCGCAACUGAUGCCGGGCGGCGUGAAGGGCGGCGCGCGCGGCGGCGGCGUGCAGGUGGUGCGCGCGCGCGCGGCGCGGCCCGCC